CUGACGUCAUCGUCACCCGCUACCCUUGAAUCUUUCAGGGAGUUUCAAAUACCCGUGGAACCGUGUCAGAGCGGAGCAACUUCAGGCUCCUCCUCGAGUUCAGACCACCAACAGGCUUGGUGCACCCCACGAUGCGCCGAAAAUGACGCCAUCGACUGCAAGCCCGAACCGGGUGCACCAAUCUGGCCUCCCGCACCUCCAAAUCAGCUUUGGUCUCAUGAUCUGACGGCCUACGUUCCCUAUCCGUAUCCGUCCACUCCUACUCCGAACUACCUGAGUGCGGGCCAAAAAGCAAUCAAGUGUCAGGUACGAUUUCUUGUGCUUCUUUUUAAUGCCCAAAAAUGGGGAUACAAAAAUACGUUAAACUACAUAGACGAGAGAUUGGUUAAUCGAAGGAUUAGGAUUCACCUUUCUUGCACUUUCGAAAACUUACUGAAUCCGCCAUUUUUUUCCGUUGUCCGGAUACAAUGUUUAAUUUCCUUUGUGAAUGAAAACAAAGCGCUAAAAGUACAGGUAUGA